AUGGCCGCAGAGGAAAGGGCCGUCAGUGCUGACAGCGAGGGCAUCAGCGAUCAGGAAAUGACGGCCAGGCUGAUUGGCUCAAAUAUUCGCUGCGGUGCGCGUUUGAUCGCGAUGUCUUUGUGGCAUAACGAUCCGGCCGGCACGGAUGUGGAAACGUUAUAUCAGCAGGUGCUGAGCGGCUGGCCGCCGGAGGCGAUCGGUAAAGCAGAAAUGGAAAUAAAGCUGCUCUCCGGCAUGCUCGUUCCGGUUGAUGAAGACAACGCUGCCGAUCCAGAUGGCUCAACGGAGGCCGAAAGCGCAGAAACCGUUACGGCGGAAAAGCCCUUGCCAGCGAGCUGA